AUGGCAACAUAUAAUUCUGUUGGUGCAUGUCGUUCUGGUUUUUCUUUACUCCUUAGCUCAAGGCUUUACAAGACAUUUGUCAGACCCAAAUUUGAGUAUGGCCUAGCCAUUUGUGCUCUUCUCAAGAAAGACUACAUAAUUCUUGAAUGGAUCCAGAAUAAGUGCCUGCGUAUGAUUGUUGGUGGGAAUGCUAUCUCUUCUACUAUGGUUCUAAAACAUAUAUGUAACUUUCCUCAGAUGCAUUUUCGUGCCAAUAUUCUUAUCACCAAAUUUUGUAUUCAAGCACAUUCUCUUCCUUCUGGUUGUUUGCUUUCUUUCGUUCAUCAACAUCAUCCACAAGCUUCUACAUUUCGAUCUUUGACAUCAAACUUUCUUCUUCAUAGUAUUCCUAAUAAUAUUCACUGCACUAGCCAGACACAACUUGCAAAACACUUUGAAUCUGUCAGACAGAAAUUAUUCAAUCAAUUUUGCUUGUCUACUACUCAGGUUUUGAUCCAUGUAUACUGCCUGGUAUUGGAAGUUGACCCAAUAUUGUUUCUUCCAGCAACACGCACUGAACGUAGCCGUCUGAUUCGUUGA